UUUUUUUUUUUUUACAUCAUUGUAAAACCAAAGUUUGAUCACUCCAGUAGUUUGUCCAGAAAUUCGAGAGACAGGUUAUCACUGUUGAUAUCGGCACAGGUUAGUUUGAAUAAUCCAACAACUUUUUAAGUUAAAUAUUGUGUCUGGGAAAUUGUUUUAAAUUUAAGCUAAACAUUACAAAUAUAACAAUUUAAAAAAAGAAAAUUGUUUUUUUUAAACAUUACUCAUCAAUUUACGUCAAAAAACGAAAAAAAUUACUGGUAUUUUUUUUUUUGUUCUCUUCAUUUGAUUUUAAGUCAUAUCUCAAGUUGCGUUAAUGAUUGAACGUUUGAUUAAACUUAAAUAGUGACAGAAAUGUUGUUGUAUUUAGGAAACGAUUUUUGUUUUCUGCUUUAAUCGUGAAUUCGCAGUGUUUAAAACAAAAUCGAUAGGCAGGGGGAAUAUAGUAGUACAGGUAAUGUAUAGGUACUGAAGAGGUACUGAAUAGCUACUGAAUAGGUACUGAAUAGCUACUGAAUAGCUACUGAAUAGGUACUGAAUAGAGGCUUGGCGUUCUAAGGAAUUACGUUACACGCGGAAAUAACGCUAAAAAUUUUGAAACUUUAAAAGAUAAACUUUUAAUAUGAUGCAUUUUUAAGCUCAACACUGACAAUAAAUUUAUAAAUUUUUCAGGGGACGGCUAAACAUAGACAAGAAAAAUGUGGAGUUCAGUCUCGGUUACAUUUCUGUCUCUGGCGUUAGUCGCCUCCUGUCAAGCAUCGUUUCUCAUGACCGUCAUGCCAUACAAGGUCGAGAUGGGGAUCACUGAGAACGUGACCAUCCUGUGCAGCUACUGGGGCCAGUCGUCGUUCAGCUCUCUCGAGAAGAUCAGCAUGAUCCGCAUCCUGCACCAGCGCGACGCCGAGCCGUUCACCGUCGUCGCCGAGGUGAGGGACAACGAGAACACGGCCCACGCCGUCAGCCUGGACAGCUCCGUGGCCGUGAAGGGUCACAUCGGGACCGUGGCCGGAUCCCGCAUCGAGCUCACCUGGCCCCUGGCGACGUCCAGCGUGUUCGGGCGCUAUCGCUGCGACGUGAUCGGGUUCGACAGCAGCCAGGACGUCAUCACGGAGAAGUCGCCCAUCAUCAACAUCACGGAGACGGCCGUGACGGCCACCGACGUCUUGGAGCUGGUCAUCAAGGAGCGGCAGGAUCUCCAGAAUUACUGCGAUGCCAAAGUUCUGGCGUCCGAGAACAAAUUUGCGGCUCUGUUGAACAACCUGAAAGCUGAACAGGCGGCGGAAACCAACAUCAUCGAGGCCGGUUUGAAGGCGGAGAUUGCUGAGCUGAGAGCAGACGUGGCGAGGCUGAUGGACACUGGUGUUCUGCAGUACUGGCCUGAAGGUACGUUCGCGCUUCUCUCGCCUCAAACGGGGUGCCCCAACAACGUAGGCGCAAUUUGGGCUGUCGGGUUUAGGAAGUUUCACACGGAGUCAACGGACAGAAAUUACGACCAGGUGACGACCAACUCACACCUAAAAACACCGAUUCUUGAGCGGGUCGGCACGAACAACUUUAUGUACCAGCAUUUCUGUGUGUCGUCCACCCUCUCCCCGGGCGCCGCCUGGCCGAGGGGCUCCUACUGUAUCAACCGCAAGGGAGACCACUGCCCGAGUGGCUUCGACACGGGCUCCAUCUCCUGGAACGAAGAACGAACCGGGUCGGCCGCGACGACGACCGGCGUUCUGCCCGACGGCGUCUUCGCCGCGGCCAGCUCCAAGCUUUUCUACUGCUGCAGGAACGACAGCUCCACCAACGACGCCAUCUACCUCCCCAAGGCGCGACCGUUUUACUUGUACAGAUUCCAGGGAGCCUGUCAGCAAGUGGCCGGUAUGAAAGUGACUCCGGAGUUCAUGCAGUUCGACACGGACACCACCAACACGGACGCGUAUGACAACGACUACCACCCCGACGGCCACAUCAACGACGUCAGGAUCGAGCUGUGCUACUACGAGGAGCGCAUCUAGCCGUGCGCAGCUGUUUUUUGGGUAUCCCGUAACCAUGGCAACAACAAAGUGACUAUUGAUGAUGAGUGUGUGUGGUUUUUUUUUUAGUUAGUUUUUUUGUGUGGUUUGUUUAUUGUAACGUUUAUCUCUUCCAUUGUUGAGCUGAUUGCACUCAAUAACAAUCUUCUAGAUGAUUUUUUAAAUAGCCUGCAUGCAUUCAAUGUUCUGUCUGCAUGUAUUGACAUAUUAUACAGAAUAAUUUACAAUCUCUUCAAUAAAUGUGUCCUUCAUU